GGCGCGAGGGCGAGGAGUCGCUGCCUGAGCAUGAAAAGGACUGCCGGAGCCCCAGCCUGCCCACGCCUGCAGCAUCAGCGGAGCAGCGCCCACUAUGCGCUCGGCGUCCAGAGGGGCUCGCACAAGUUCCCGCCGCGCCGAAUGAGAAGCCCCGGCCGCCGCGUCUCCCUCGCGGACGAGCAUUAACAGCCGGACUCCACAGAAUGGAGCAAGAAUGAGAGGAAAAAGGCAGGCAGAAAAGCAUGAACUGGAGGGUUGUUGAGUACCUCUACUUCCUCUUUAUAUGGGACCAUAUCACAGGACAGCCCUCCCACCAGGAAGCAGCUGUUACCAACCAACAUGUCUCCAAGGAAUUUGAUUGGCUUAUUUCAGACAGGGGGCCCUUCCACCACUCACGGAGCUACUUAUCCUUUGUGGAAAGACAUCGUCAAGGAUUUACAACCCGAUAUAAAAUAUACAGGGAGUUUGCCCGUUGGAAGGUGAGGAACACAGCCAUUGAGCGGAGGGACCUGCUCCGCAACCCUGUUCCCCUGAUGCCUGAGUUCCAGAGAAGCAUACGCCUGCUGGGCAGGAGGCCCACGACACAGCAGUUCAUUGAUACCAUCAUCAAAAAGUACGGCACACACAUACUCAUCUCUGCCACUUUGGGAGGAGAGGAGGCUUUGACCAUGUACAUGGACAAGAGCCGACUCGACCGAAAGUCAGGCAAUGCUACCCAGAGCGUAGAAUCCCUUCACCAGCUUGCCUCCUCCUAUUUCGUGGACCGGGAUGGAACCAUGAGGCGUCUCCAUGAGAUCCAGAUCUCUACUGGAGCAAUCAAGGUAACAGAAACUCGGACAGGCCCUUUGGGCUGUAACAGUUAUGACAAUCUGGACUCUGUGAGUUCCGUCCUUCUGCAAAGCACUGAAAGCAAACUCCACUUGCAAGGUCUCCAGGUCAUCUUCCCUCAGUAUUUACAAGAGAAAUUUGUGCAGUCGGCAUUGAGUUACAUCAUGUGCAAUGGGGAGGGAGAAUACAUAUGCCGCGAUAGCCAAUGCGGUUGCCAGUGUGCAGAAGAAUUCCCACAAUGCAACUGUCCCAUCACCGACAUUCAGAUCAUGGAAUACACAUUGGCCAACAUGGCAAAGUCUUGGACAGAGGCCUAUAAAGACCUGGAGAACUCAGAUGAAUUUAAAUCUUUCAUGAAGAGGCUACCUAACAACCAUUUCCUGACCAUCGGGAGCAUCCACCAGCACUGGGGGAAUGACUGGGACCUCCAGAACCGCUACAAACUCCUGCAGAGCUCCAUGGAGGCCCAACGCCAGAAGAUCCAGCGCACCGCACGCAAGCUCUUUGGCCUCAGCGUCCGGUGUCGGCACAAUCCGAAUCACCAGCUGCCUAGAGAAAGGACAAUACAGCAAUGGCUGUCCCGUGUCCAGUCUCUGCUCUACUGCAAUGAGAAUGGGUUCUGGGGAACCUUCCUGGAGAGCCAGCGGAGCUGUGUCUGCCAUGGAAGCACCAGCCUAUGCCAGCGGCCCAUUCCCUGCAUCAUCGGAGGCAACAACAGCUGUGCCAUGUGCAGCCUGGCCAACAUCUCCCUCUGCGGCUCCUGCAACAAGGGCUACCGUCUCUCUCGAGGCCGGUGCGAGCCGCAGAAUGUGGACUCAGAGCGCAGCGAGCAGUUCAUCAGCUUUGAGACAGACUUGGACUUCCAGGACCUGGAGUUAAAGUACCUGCUGCAAAAGAUGGACUCUCGCCUGUACGUCCACACCACUUUCAUCAGCAAUGAGAUUCGCUUAGACACCUUCUUUGACCCCCGAUGGCGCAAGCGCAUGUCCCUCACCUUGAAGAGCAACAAGAACCGGAUGGACUUCAUCCACAUGGUGAUUGGCAUCUCCAUGCGCAUCUGCCAAAUGCGCAACAGCAGCCUGGAUCCCAUGUUCUUUGUCUAUGUCAACCCUUUCAGUGGGAGCCACUCCGAGGGCUGGAAUAUGCCCUUCGGUGAGCAUGGCUAUCCACGCUGGGAGAAAAUCCGCCUGCAGAACAGUCAGUGCUACAACUGGACCCUUCUGCUGGGAAACCGGUGGAAAACGUUUUUUGAGACCGUCCACAUCUAUCUGCGCAGCCGAACUCGGCUGCCUUCCCUGAUGCGCAACGACACCGGCCAAGGGCCCGUGGACCUUUCCGACCCCAGCAAGCGUCAGUUCUACAUCAAGAUCUCAGACAUUCAGGUGUUCGGGUACAGCUUGCGAUUCAACGCGGACCUGCUGCGCAGUGCCGUGCAGCAGGUCAACCAGUCGUACACGCAAGGCGGGCAGUUCUAUUCUUCCUCCUCGGUCAUGCUCUUGCUAUUGGAUAUACGGGACCGAAUCAAUCGACUGGCGCCUCCUGUGGCGCCAGGGAAGCCCCAGCUGGAUCUGUUCUCCUGUAUGCUCAAGCACCGCCUGAAACUGACCAACAGCGAGAUCAUCCGUGUGAACCACGCCCUGGAUCUGUACAACACCGAAAUCCUCAAACAGUCAGACCAGAUGACAGCCAAACUCUGCUAACCCAGACUUUUAUGUACUCGGUGACUCACCUUUUUGCUGUAAAAACAAACAAACAAAAAAAAAGAAGAUAAAAGAAAGAGAGAUUUAAAAAAAUAUGAAAAUUUGUAAAAUGUAAUUAAUAUACAAAAGGGGGGGGGAGGAAAAGUCUUCAUUUGUUGGAAAAUGAAAAGAAAACCGUUUGAGCAGUUGUGUAAACCCGUUGGGCAUGUUUGCUAUUCCUAUACCCAUAAAACAGGGUCAGAACAUGAGAUUCCUCGGGGGCGUUGCUAGUUAGGAUUCAGCGACAGCCAAUGGGGGUGGAAAAAAUACAAGAGAUGCAGAAAUGGUUUCCUUUUUUUAAAAAAAAAUCAGAUUUCCUGUAUUUAAUUGUAACGAUUUCAGCUAUGCAGGUGCAAAAAAGAGAGAGAAGCAUCAGAGAGAGCGAGAAAGAGAAAGAGUUCUGUGUACAUGUACAAAGAGCCGCCAUGCCUCCGAGUGGGAGACAAUGGCCAAAGAUAAAAGGUAUUUCUUUUGUGAAGUGUUA